UGCCCUUCCAAAGUGGGCGGAGUCAGAGCAGGGAGACGACGGAGCUGUCAAACACCGACAGUCGUUUGAAAUAUUAUCAGAGGAGCGGAUAACAAAACCGCAACACUUUACCAAUGUGUAGAUUAAUUAACGACAGGAGCAGACUUUGUGUUAGAAUUUGGUGUUUAACCGCUGGAUAAAAGGACUUCUAAGCCGUCGUUGGGAGCAACUUGUUGUUAAGUGCGUGUUUCGCAGGCUCUCCCUCUCAGGCUAAUGUGCGUUAGCUCUUCGCUCCAGUUUUGUUGACAAAACUAGCCCGUUCGCUGUCGUUGAGCUAGCUGCGGUGUUUCGGAGUUAGCUCGUCAUUUUCUCAGAAAUGUAUCCGGGUACAGGCAUGGAGCCCAGCCCGGACUGUUCCUGGAAACUCCUCCGUGAAAUAAAACUAACUCUUCAAGGAUUGUCGAGCAUGUGAAGAUCUUGUCGUUUUGGACAAUUCAUGCACAAGCAGUGAGAAACUGGACCGGUUGGUAACCAUAAAGGGCAUGAAAACAGGGACAUCCAAAGUAAAAUAAGAAAAAAAGUAAAACCUGAAGUCUAUGUGUGUGAUAUAUCUCCUACCACAACUCAAACUGAACACUCACCAUGCUGCCGUGAAACCCUCGGCACCGUUAAGACACUCUAUUCCUCUUGUCAUGUGGGUACAUUACAGAAAAAGGCCCAUAUUACCCUCACUGGUAUCAGCUUCUUUUACAUCGCCAUGGACCGGAACAAACGCAACUCUAUUGCUGGGUUUCCAACAUGGCCGGAACGCCUCCAGGAGGACAGGGAUGGGACCGGAGGCGUAGGAAACUGCGAGAUGGGCCAGCCCUCACAGGUGGGCAGGGUGUGUCCGUCCUCCUACAGAGCCCUUAUCAGUGCCUUCUCCUGCCUGACACGCCUUGAUGACUUCAGCUGCGAGUGGAUUGGCUCUGGGUUUUUCUCUGAAGUUUUCAAGGUACGUCAUCGCGCUUCAGACCAAGUCAUGGCUCUGAAGAUGAACAAACUCAGCAGCAACAGGGCAAACAUGCUGAGAGAAGUUCAGCUCAUGAAUCGACUCUGCCAUCCAAACAUACUGAGGUUUAAGGGAGUGUGUGUCCACGAGGGCCAACUUCACGCUUUGACAGAGUACAUCAACGGAGGAAACCUGGAGCAACUUCUAGAUAGCAACAAGCACCUGAGUUGGCCCGCCAGAGUGAAACUAGCUUGUGAUAUCGCCAGUGGUGUGGCCUACCUGCACUCCAAAGGCAUAUUCCACCGGGACCUCACCUCCAAGAACUGCUUGAUCAAAUGCGACGACAACGGCUACACGGCGGUGGUGGGAGAUUUCGGCUUGGCAGAGAAGAUUCCCACCAAACAGGCUGAUGGAGAAAAGCUUGCAGUGGUUGGCUCUCCUUUCUGGAUGGCUCCUGAGGUGCUGAGAGAUGAACCCUAUAACGAGAAGGCUGAUGUUUUCUCAUAUGGAAUAAUUCUUUGUGAAGUCAUUGCAAGGAUCCAAGCCGACCCCGACUUCCUUCCCCGCACAGAGAACUUCGGCCUGGACUACCACACGUUCCAGCACAUGGUUGGAGACUGUCCGCCUGACUUCCUCCAGCUGGCCUUCAACUGCUGCAAUAUGGAUCCUAAACUCCGUCCGUCGUUCGCAGACAUCGUCCGGCAGCUGGAGGAAAUCCUCGCUCGGCUCAAAGUCGUAGAGAUGGAAAACGAGAGCGUUUCACUCACCGGCGACAAUGAGAAGAAAGCCAUGUCGAAAAGUGAGAAAAUCCAGGCCUUCAAACGACUGAAUCCUCUUGUCUGCCAAAACGAUAAGAUCCCUCCCAAAUCGCCCUGGCCCAGACGAAACAUCUGGCUCAGCCGCAGUCAGUCGGACAUCUUCUCCUGCCAACCGGGGAGGAAAAUCAACGUCCAGGACCCGUACUACAACCCGCCCAGUCCUCAGAGGAACCUCCGGACCCGCAAGAUCAACCCGUUCACGGCCCGGGAGGACCUCUGCGGGGGCAAGAUCAAGUUCUACGACGUGCCCAGCAAGUCCGUCUUCUCGUUGGUGUUUGAUUUGCACUCGCCUCCGGGAAGCGUGUUCAGCAACCAGCCAUCGACCCACGGGCCCGGAGCGUCCCAGCAGGAGACGUCCUUCUACUGGCAGCAGCUGCCAGGAAGGCAGUGCCACUCCCUACCGGUGUCCCCGCAGCUGCCGCGCUCCGAGAUGUUCCACCUCACAGACCCGGUUGGUUCCAAUAACACCGGUUCUGUUACCUGUACGUCUACUCUGCUCUCCGUCACGCUUCCAGCGACAAAUUCCAGGUCCGACGCGGCGCCGAUCCUGAACGACAUGCGGCAGAAAGCGGUUCCGAGUGGCUGGGCGAGGAAGUACGUGGUGGUGGAAAUCCCACCUUUCUGCAGGCAGAGAGGAGGCUGUGCCGACGAUGGCGUGGCGCCGAGGACGGAGAACACGAGCGGGCAGAGCUGGUCUCCGAUGCUCACCGGCAGCGAAACGGACAGCGCCGAGGCCAUGGACUGCUCCGGCGGACGAGAGGAGGAGAAGCCGGACCGAGGGACGGAAAGCUGCCUGGUGUGACGAACAUUUCAGCAGGACUGUAGACUCCUACAUUCAGGGAGGUGGAGACAUAAGACUGGAAACUUGUAUUAUUAAAAUAAAGCGCUCAAUUUUCUCUAAUCUGUCAGGUGAAUGUAUCACAUUUUGAAUAGAAGAUCCACUUGAUUUAGAUAAAUAACUAUUUUUCAACCCGGUUAGCGCAAGAGACUUUUAUCUACACACUUUCUGUAAAGAUUAUAUUCUGAAACAAAGUUGUUGAUAUUUAAUAUUUUGAGAUGUAGAUAUUUGUUCUUUUCCUCUAAGACUUUUUUGUUUGUUUCUUUGUGGGAUAUUGAUGAUCCCUUGUAUUAUGUUUGUGAGUGUGAAUUUAAAGUUGCUUUGAUCAUUUUCAGUGUUCGCUCUGUGACAAAUGCUUCUGCUAAAUUAAAGAAACAAACCCUUCCUGAUUCUGAUGAAGACGGUCUUGCACUGAUGGUCCUUUGAGAAAUUAAAAUUCACAGCAAAUUUCAGCCUAAAAUAGGCAAGAGUGAAUUUUAUUUCUUUUUUAAAUUUUUAUUUAUUUGUCUCAGCUUGUUAGUCUUCAUUUUAGGUUUGUUGCUCCUUUCUAUCAAGGGUCAAAAGUGCUACAAUUUAAUAGAUAAACAAAGUGAUUAUUUAAACACAUUUUAUAAAUUUAUAUUUGAAACAAAUUGAUCUGCCUUUAUUUAAAUUUAUAAAUACAUAAAUACAAAAAUUUUUUAAAAAGCAUAAAUAUUUUAAAAGCUGCAGCACAUUCUGAUUAUUAUCAGUCUUACCAAUGAAAAUGAGUGGGAGGGGCUAAUAUUUAUAUAGAUAAGAUGAUUGGUCAGCAGUUAAGCAAUCACAUGUUUGGGUUUAUUACAAAGGUCAGAGGGCAAAUUAAUAUUUUAUCGUCAUGCACUGUUCGGAAUAAAAUGUAAAACAAUUAAAUUAACACUUAAAAAUAUCUUUAAGACAUAUUAGAAUACAAUUAAACUUAUGUAAAAGUUAAUUUAUUUUGGUUUCUUUAAAUUAUCACCUAUAAAAAUAAUUCAAUUAUUUAUUUGUGGGAUAGUGGCACUUUUGGGGCUCCAUAGUUGUAUAUUCUUUUGAAUAUUCAAUAUUCUCUUUUAAUCCCCCAAAACCACCAGUUCAUGAAGUUCUGCUAUCAGAAUUUAAGCCAAAACACAAUUUAUUACGACCAUUUCUUGUGGUAAAGUAGCGACAACAUGGUUAAAUAUCUGCAGGAUGAAAUAGAAAUGUAGGUAACAGACCUGGCUAGUAGAAUAUUCUGCAAUUUUGCUGAAUAUUCAGUAAUAGUGGCUUCAAUUGCCAGGAUUUAAGCUGAUAAAUGAUCCAAAUUUUAUUUAAUCUUUUAACCCUCAAAAUGGUGACUUUCACUUAUAACAUCUUCAUUGUUGAUUUCUAUCAAGGACGUAUUUUUCAAACAUUUUGGUUCUGGGAUGAGGAGCAUUUUUUCCCUCAUUUCAAAAUUAUUCAGAAAAUUUGCAAAUUACUUCUUAACUCUUCACUCCGGAGGUCCGAUUGCUGCUUAAAAUGAGAACAUGGGUUUACUGUAUUGUGGUUAACUACUUGUUGACAACACAAGAAAACAGCACAAUUUGUUUUCUGUGAGGAGAAAAUAUGGCCACAAAUGUUUUUGCUAAAUGUUUCUAGAUAAUACAGCUGCUAAUAUUUUGGUUUCCAUAUCUACUAAGUGUCUAAAACAAAUUUAGUGCAAGAGAUUUUCAGGUGUUUAGGUUCCUUGUUUUUCAGCAUUGAAGCGUUUUUGCAAAAACACAAUUUUACAAACUGAAUUAUCUCUAAAAUGUAUUAUUUAGGCCUAAAUCUGGUCUCCUUAACAGGAACUCAGAUGUUUAGAACCUUCCUUUGCUAUUUUCCUAUGCAAGUCUGAUUGUGUAGUUUUACAGGAUAAAGCUUUGAUAUUUAUGAAAACCUUUAAUGUCUUACUCUUUGUAUAUUUGUGUAAAACUGUGGUGUUACCUGAAACCUGUUGAAUACAGAUUGAAAUGUUUGCUUUUUUUCUGAUCAAAUAACAAAAUUUCCCCUAAAUUUUCUGUGUUUUUUUUUGUUGUUUUUUCCACAUCUGGAUCAGCGGCACAGCCAGAAACAUUUUACUAAGCAUCACUUCUUCUGCCCUUCUUCUUACCCCGAUGCGCCCAUCACUCUGGACGGAUCAGAACACAUGACCUUUAUUAGUUCAAUCUUUAUUCUCCCUUGCAAAUUGAUGCCUUUUUCCCCACUGAUAAUAAUAAUUGGACAAUCUCUUA